AGGAAGGAAAAUAUAAGAAUACCCACAAAGGGGAAGAAUUCUAAAAUCGAGAACCGGCUAAGAUUGAAAAUGGCAACAUAGUAAUCUCCGUUUACAAACAAAGUAAUGUCCGUUUACAAACAAAGCACACCAAAGCUGAAGCUUAGCUAAGCUAAAGCUUAGCUAAGCUAAAGCAUGUCCGUUGCGCAAUUAACGAAUAUGCCACCCCACCAGGUCCUCCUCUUCUCUUGAGCAUUAACGCGUGUCAUCUACGUGUUUCAGUUCUCUUCUCUCCAGAUGUCCAAAAACCCAAGAACCCACCUCCCUCUGUAACAAAAUUCAGCUUCUUCCUGAUUUUUUUCCCCUUUUGUUUCUUGUUGUUGAGGACGGAGCAAAGAGUAAUCAAUGGCAUGGAGUUUGGGAGCUGAAAGUUUUGAGAUUGGUGGUAGAUUUGUUUAUUACAGUGGAAAUGGAAUCCAUUGGUGGAAUGAGAUCGAUCAUUCAGAAGAAUGGCAAAGAGGCAUUUUCUAUUUCCUGUCUGCAUCUUAUGCAUUGAUCUCCAUCAUUGCCCUGAUACAACUUUUUCGCAUCCAAAUGAGAGUGCCAGAAUAUGGGUGGACGACGCAAAAGGUUUUCCACUUGAUGAAUUUUGUUGUGAAUGGAUUGAGGGCUGUCCUUUUUGGUCUAUACAAGGAUGUGUUUCUCAUUAGACCGAAGGCCCUUGAAAUUGUGCUUUUGGAUCUUCCCAGCCUCCUAUUCUUUUCAACAUAUACAUUAUUAGUGCUGUUUUGGGCUGAGAUAUAUCACCAGGCAAGAAGUCUUCCUAUUGAUAAACUCAGGCCCUCUUAUUAUAUUAUCAAUGCAUUUGUCUACCUCACACAGGCAUGCAUCUGGAUAUACAUACGAUUGAGUGGAAGUCCUACUGGGGUGGAACUAGCAAAACUCUUCUUUUCAAUUAUUUCAUUCUGCACUGCUCUGGGAUUCUUGGUAUAUGGUGGGAGGUUGUUUAUCAUGCUCAGCCGGUUCCCCAUUGAAUCUAGAGGUCGUCAAAAGAAGCUUUAUGAGGUUGGCGCUGUGACCGGAAUUUGCUGUACUUGUUUUUUGAUAAGAUGUUUUGUGGUUGCCGUCUCGGCCUUCAACAAGAAAGCUAAUCUUGAUGUUCUAUAUCAUCCCCUUCUUAAUCUCAUCUAUUACAUGAUGGUGGAGAUUGUACCAUCUUCUCUGGUGCUCUUCAUCUUGCGGAAGCUGCCCCCCAAGCGCAUCUCCGAUCAAUAUCACCCCAUAAGAUAAGCAAUCGACUCUGUCACAGGCAUUGUCAAGAAACUGUUUCAGAAAGAAAGAGUGGGAAAUUGCAGAAGAUUCUUUGGUUGCUUGAGCUGUUGUUUGAUUUUGGCUGCUUUCAACAGAACUUCCAUCUCUCUUUCUUGUACAUUCUGAAUACUUUUAGUCAACGAAUUGUGCUGCUGUGUUGUGUUAAAUUCAUUCUUUUGCUUGAAUAACUUUAUAGAGUAUCAAACAGAAUCUGAAAUCUUUUCUGCUGCAUGCAAGUUCUGAACCA